UCAAGUGCAAGGGAGAGAAAUAGGAAGAAAAAUUUAGUAAGACACAAAGGCUUCCUUCUCUACACUCAAAUCUUCUGUUCAAGAGCUAGAAGAAUUGAAGGUUGAAAAACAUGGCGACUGUAAUUGGAGCUCAUAACUUUGCUGCUUUGAAGACCGUUUAUGAAAGACCAUCGUUGCGGUGGAUUCUGCAACCCAGAAUGCAGCUGACAUUUUCAGGCCGGAGGAUGAAUCUGCAAUCUAAGAGUUCUGAUGAGGUUGAAGGUUCACCAUUUGACCAUAAAGGGUUAUUACAGAGUCCAGAAUUAUAUCAGUACAUUUUGGAGACUAGUGUUUAUCCACGAGAACCCGCGCCUCUUAAAGAGAUCAGGGCUAUAACAGAAAAUCAUCCUUAUUUUUUCAUGGGUGCAUCACCUGAUUCAGGUCAAUUGAUAGCCAUGCUGUUGGAUAUGUUAAAUGCCAAAAACACAAUUGAACUCGGAGUCUUCACCGGUUAUUCUCUGCUUCUCACUGCUCUUACAAUUCCUGAUGAUGGCAAGAUCCUAGCAAUUGACCCGAAUUUCGAGUCUUAUGAAAUGGGCCUGCCAAUCAUUCAAAAAGCCGGUGUUGAGCAUAAGAUCGAUUUCAAACACUCUCCGGCUUUACCUGUUCUUGACAAACUCCUGGAAGAUGAUAAUAACAAAAGUAGCUUUGAUUUUGCAUUUGUGGAUGCGGAUAAAACUAAUUACGGAAACUAUCACGAGAGACUAAUGCAGCUGGUGAAAGUUGGAGGUUUGAUUGUGUAUGAUAACACACUCUGGUAUGGAUCAGUUGGUAUGCCAGAGGAAAGUGUUGACAAGUUGAUGAGACCAGAAAGAAGUUACUUAGUUGAGUUAAACAAAUCCCUUGCUGCAGAUACCCGAAUUCAGAUUUCUCAAGUUCCAUUAGGUGAUGGAAUGACCAUCUGCAGGAGACUUUUUUGACGUAGGUACAAGUCUUAGUUGAAGUUUCACCUGCAGAUGACCAUCGCUUCAAUACCAUAUUAGUAUUGAUUUUGUCUUAAGAAGUCAUGUCGCUUGUCAAUACUUUCAUCAAAUAAGGUUUGAUUAAUCAUCAAAUAAAUGAAAUUUUCUUGGA